UCAAAUCUAUUUUCUCUUUUGAUAAUACUAUGUUAGACUUCACAUUAUUACCCCCAGUCAUUAGAUCAAGCACUAGGAACACGUACUGAGCUCUCUGGGGGAGAAUUCCAUAACGAUUAUGAUAAUACUUAGUUUCAAGCAUUUUCCACUCAGCUCUCGAAUUUCUGAUUGACAGCACUCUGCUACCUUCUCUUUGCACAUCUCUGUUGUAACACAAUAUGUGUUCUGUCAACAUCGUAUGUUUCAACUCACCUCCUAAAAAUAUUUUAAAAUGAGCGACCAAGGAUAACAAUCCAAUGCUUGAAAUGAUUACUUUAAUAGUUGACUUUUUUUUAAAUAAAAGAAAUAAUUUAAUAAAGGAAGACAAUAAUAUAAUGUUUAGUAGAAAAUUGUAUAUUGACAUCAAUGCACGUUACUUAACAUUUCUUUGAUGAAAAUUUUAUUAGCUAGUUGGUUUUUUUUUUCAAAUAAAUUGAUAUUUUAGGAUCACAACAUCUUCUUGUUGAAGAAAACAAGUUGUUAUGUUAAACAAGUUGUUAUGUUUAGUUUGUUUUCUGACGUUUGUCGUAGAAUAUAUAUGUUACAAACUUGUUGUUAUUCAUAAUUUCCGAAAAAUCUCAAAUAGUGAUUUGUAGAUACAAUGAUGACAUUUUAUUUCCAAAAAGCGACUUACUAUCAGAGCAAAAUACAACACAAAAAAAAACAAAAACAAAAACAAAAACAAAAAACAAAAAACAAACAAACAAAAAACAAACAAAAAACAAACAAAAAAAACAAACAAAAAACAAGUAUGAUAGCAUACCGUAUCUCAAGAUGCACUUACUACUGAAAAUUUUGGAAAAAGGAUAAUAUAUGGGCAUCAGGGAAAACUUUAUCUAAAGGUGGAUAGCCAUUGUUAAGCUGCACUUGCAAAGAAUAGCGAGUAAGCCUAAAUACAGUGACACAAGAAAAAAUCUUCUGUGACAGUUCGUUGGAAUAAAAAUACUCACAGUUUUUCCAAUUUCUUAAAAUAGAUGAACUAUCUCAACAAUUUAUCUUACAUAUAUUGACCAAUAGCAAGCAUUGAAAACGGUGACGUCAUAUAACAGUUUCACUCAGUUCGGAUCAGUGAGUGACAAUUGCAGUAUCUUCCAAGAAGUCUAUGCUGAAUUUGAGAAUAAGAAUGAAUCAUUAUUUGACAUCUCGUUCAUUUUUGGUAGGCUUGAUCAGCGUACUAAUUUCUCUACCAAUAAACCUGGCUACAACAACCGCAACAAGUGAACAAGAAACUGCACCUUAUUCUUGCAAUAUGUGCUGUCACGGGCCAUCUGGGCAACCUGGUAUCUCAGGAGUCCCCGGAACACCUGGAGGGUUAGGUCCACCUGGAGCACCUGGUAGUAAAGGUGACAGAGGUAUCAGAGGUGCUAGAGGACAAAAGGGAGAACCUGGAAAUGAGGGUCUAAAAGGUGACAAAGGAAGCGAAGGAUUUCCGGGUAAACAAGGUCCACUUGGACCAACAGGACCGCUGGGGGCUAAAGGAAACAACGGAUCACAGGGAGAAAAGGGCGAGCCAGGAUUGAAGGCCUCACAAUCCCGUAAAUCUGCGUUUACUGCGUUGCGCACAACUCAUGUACAAACUACAGAAUGGGUCAUAUCAUUCACAUCGAUGGAGAUUAAUAUCGGAAAUGACUUUGACAAAAAUACCGGAAAGUUCACAUGUAGGAUUUCUGGCGUGUAUUUCUUCAUGUUCAGUUUCAUGUCGUUCGCUCCCCCACAACCAUAUGUAAAAUUGAAGUUAAACGGUCGUGUUAUCACAACUGCUCAUCGUAAUGAGCCUAAUCCGAACGAUCAGAUAGGAUCUGGCGCAACCGUUCAACUGAAUGUCGGUGAUCAAGUUUGGUUGACGAACGAAAAAAGAAGACUUUAUGGUAAUUCCAACCAUCCUUUCACUUUCACUGGGUUCAUGAUAUACGAUAUGGACUAGUGCUCACCGCUCACCCUGACGCCUGUAUAGGCCUGUUGGCCUGUCAGACUUGUACUAAAGAUUAAUGUUUGUAGUCGAGUAUAAUUUUAUAAAAUCUGUUACAUGUAACCAAAUGUUAAAUAUAUACAAGAACAUUAUUAUACCAAUGUUGCAUUCGUAUUUUGAAGCAACCGUUUUAUCAUAAAGCGCUUAACUUAAAAUAAUAAAAUAAAAAAGCAUACAUUAAAACAUAAUUGUUUUAAUUAUUAAAAAUACAGGCCUAUAUAGAUUUUAAAUCUGUGUGAAGUUUUAAUCUAUUGGCCUAUUAUAGAACCAUACUCUUGAAAAUAUAGCUUACAGUUUUUUUUCUCCUUACACUUUUAAAGCCUACCGUAUAUUUUAUGAGAAAAUAUAUAAAUUGUGCAUGUAUUUUCGGCCAAAAUUUAAAGUCAUAUAACCUGUUUUGCAUUAAUUAUAACUGAAAUGACUAUGACAUUUGUCAACCGCUUUUUUGGUUAAAAAUCUAAAUUAAAUUUUGCUUGAAUAAUAAAAAUAGACAACUCAACAUUUUGUGUUGUGAGCGACUGUAAAGUUUGUUAGUAAUUUACUGCUCAUUGUCGUAAAACCACCCACAUUCGAGCCUUGAACCUUCUGAUCUUAUGCAGACGGACGCCUUAACCAACUGAGGCAUUGAAGCUUUGUUGGAAAUUCAAAUUCGAUUAAAGAAACUAAUUCCUCGCACUUGUACAUGCGUAUAGUUGGACAGCACUAGUUCUAUAUGAGACUCUAUAGGUCUCCGUGGUCUAAUUGGUAUGACACUCACCUUGAUAGCGAGAGGUUGCCGGUUGGAAUCCCCCCCAGAUACCUUUUAAUACAACUGAAUAAAGGAACUUUUCGUUGAAUGGCUAUGCUUGAUAAGAUUAUAACAUCAAUAUUAUUGAUGAUAAUAAAAUAAUAAUAAAUAACAAUAAUAAUAAUAGGCCUACUGUUAUAAUGAUUAUUAAUAUCGAAUAACAUUAGUAAAAUAAAAAGUCUGUCAUGAAAUUCACUUUGGAUAAUAUACACAUAUGAACUUAAUCAAGUCUCACUGAUAUUAUGCUCAGGGUUUAUCAUUUUAUAGGAUAGACCUAUUUGUCAGUGGACUUCACAAGACAACUCCUUCUAUUUUCCUCGUGAAACAAGUUUGCCUUUAAAUAGGCUCAUUAACUUCAACGCCCUCUAGAGUUAGAAACGCUCAAUGUAUUAAUUGAGUCAAGGAGUAAUCCAAUAUAUAGACUGGGUUCCAAUCCCUAAUUUUGUCUUAAUCAGUGAAACUAUUAAAAAUAUAUUUAUUUUGGUACUAAUGGCGUUCCAUAUUACUUAUUUACAUGGCGUUCCAUAUUAUACCUUUUCUGGGAUUAAUUCGCAUCCAAAAUCAACAUUUAUUUAUUUAUUUGUGACACUUCACCUUUGUAUCGGUGGCACUUACAAUCAGUGGUGCGGUCUUACAAAAUAUACAACAGAAAAAGGAGAGGAUAAUCAAAACAUUAACAGGCAAAACUUAACUAAACUGAACUUAAAACUUAAUAUUAAGUAAUUUAAAAUACUAAAAAUUCAUAAAGAAAUAUACCAAAGCUCCAAUGGAAUAGUUUGAACAAAAUAAGCAAAAUUAAAUCAAGAAAAAGUACUUCAUGCAGAUGAAUAAAUCUUAAGCCUACCCAAGUACAAAAAAAAUUAAUUAAUUUUAAAAAAACAACCUAACAAGUUUCUCAACAUCCGCCCUCCCGCGAGCGGGGUAAAAUUUGACCAUUUGACUGAGUGGAGAAAAUACAGGAAACAGACGAACCAGCAUUACCUGAGCAUUACUACUGUAUAGCGCCGCCGUGCGGACGGGGUAAAAUUGCUCCUCGUGUACCCACAAUGCAUUUCGAACGGAUGUUCCACUAUAUUGGGAAGCUGCUCUAUCUUACUAUUUAUUAUCUUUGCUAAUAUCAGGGAACAGUAAUUCACUGUUCCUUGCUAAUACUAGGAAACAUCAAUAAAUUAGAGACUUGUGGCAAGUCUAUCCGAUAUAAUAUUAUAUGACUGCACCCUGCACAUUAUUUGCAUCUGCAAAAUGGGUGACCAAACAUAACAAACUAUUGUUUGAAAUGAUUAAUUAAAUUACAUUGCAAUGUGUAGUACG